UGGCGAGAGUUAAUAUGAUGGUGUAGUUCAACUCGAGUCCCUUAUUUAAAAUUGUCUCGUCCGCUUUGCGCCUCGUCCUCUUUUCAAACGACAACACCAUAACUUCAACUCAGCAAAGCCGCGAUACAACACAAUAUCAACAUGGGUGGCAACGAUACUCCGAAAAGCACAGCUGGUGAAGAGCUCACGCAAGAAGCAAUCAAUGCAGCCAUGGCAGACGUCCAGACACCCCCAUCGCCCACAGAACCUUCCGACGCAGCUCCCGAGGGUGACUUCGUCCGUUUUCCAAAGCUUCCCGCCAGCGUCCGAGACAGGAUCUGGAAGGACUCUAUUCCCGGCGGUCGAGUCGUCGCUAUUGUCUUCGACAAGGGCCAUGAUCGCUAUUUCUCCUUCCAUGCCGUCAUUCCCUCGAUUCUUCAUACAUCCAAGGAGUCGAGAGCAGUUGGCUUGAAAUUCUACACCAUCUGCUUUGGCACUGAAUCUCACCCUGCGGCGAUUCCGUUUGACUUUCAAGUCGACUCUCUUCUGUUUAGUCAUUGGUUGGCCAUACUUGCAACACAAUACUUCAGAUCUCGCCCACCCGUUGAGCGCCAAAUUGAGCUAGAAAUGCAGCAGAUCGUCGGUCCAAUCGGUUAUGUCGAACGCAACAGCAUCCACCGCAUUGCCAUUUCAGUCGACAUCUAUGGGCGGUUCAACUACAAUGUAUUCAUACCAGGCCUGCGAGUUCUUCUCAGGAAUUUCCCUUCCACCGAAUAUGUUAUCUUUGUUGCUGAAGAGCGAAAUCCAUUUAUGUGCUUCUUCGACGUUACAAGAGGGAAUAUCGCUGCGAGGACUGCUGGGUACAUGUCAAGAGCGAGGACGAGGACCAAGAGCCCAGUCGAUUCCAGCGUUCGCCCCCAAGAGUUCCUGUGUGGCUUUGCCUCAACGCAGGGAAGGAAGAGGACCGCGAGGCGGAACUUCUUUUCCCCGUCGUUGAUGAGACGUCUGAUAGCGAGGAUAGUAAGGAUUCGGAGAACGAAGUUGCUCCCUCUGGGGAUGUAAGAAUGAAGGAUGACAACAAUGGUUCAAUUGUUCUGACCUCUGGUCGAAUAGAUACAAUCGACAACACAACUGAACAUUGCAAGGAGGCUAUCGGAACCAAGGAGAAAGAUGACGAGGAAGACGGAGAUCUGGAGGAAGGGGGACUCGAAGAACUUUUGGCGGAUGCUGCAGGAGAUAUUAAAACCGCAAAGACUCCUCAAGUCGGCUCCUACUCUGAUAUUCCCUACCG